UCGACUAUUAGUGGUCUGUGCCUUUGGAGGUGGUGGGCCGACCACCGCAGAACCGAGCUCGACGCAGCUCGGUCGCGCUCGGUCGGCAGUCGGGGCCAGUCGGCCGCACCGCCGUUCUCUUCGUGUUUAUUCGUUCGUUCGUUCGUUCGCUCGCUCGCUCGCUCGCUCUCACGUUGCGCCUCUCUCAGUACGUCGUAAGCUGUGCAACGGGAACGUCGGUCGUGCAUCUCUUCCUCCGUUUUGUGUUUCGCCCGUUUUAUUUAUUUUUUUUUUUUUCAUUAAAGGCGACGUAACAGUGUCCUCGCUACCACCGCGCUAUGUGACGGAUAUCACGGGACACCGUAGUGUGUACCCCACCUCUCCUCCUCUACGUAUUAUUUCCCCCUCCCCCCUCCCCUCCCCUCUCAGCUCUACUCCAUCGGCGUACUCCGAUCCCUCGCCCUUUACCGAAACACCUAUCUAUCUACCUUAUAUCCCAUCUCCCUCCUCUAUCUCCUCUUCCCCAUUCCCCUCCCUACCCUUCCCCCCCUGACCGAUCUUUGUCCACCGCCCCGUCGUGGAAAAAGAGAAAGACGAACUGCCUCGUGAACGCUCGUACAACGACGACCACGACGACGACUACGACGACGACUACGAGGCGGCCACGAGGGCCUCGUGGAAAAACGUGCCUGGAGAAAACAUGGAGUGCCCGCACCUUGCUCAAAGCGUGCAAUUCGGUGAUGACAAUGUCGAGGGAUCUGGCUGUGCUGUGAAAGAUUUGCCGUUCGUAUGCGCAGUGUGUGGCACGGAGAAGAGUCCCUGGCUCUGUCUGCACUGCGGGAUCGUACACUGCGGCCGAUACGUAGCAGGCCAUGCGUUGCAACACUACGAGACUAAUACUCAACACUGCGUGUGCAUAGACUGUGAGAGCCUGGCAGUAUUCUGUUAUACUUGCGACGAAUACGUGGUGAAUGACACCACGAGCGGGCAGAUCGAAAAGAUACGGCGCGUCACCUUCCGCAAGGACGAGCACAAAGAGAAUGACGAAAGCUGGAGCACGUCGCCGCCUGCGACGCCGCCAUCCUCGAGGGCGCGCGACAACGGCGAUGACCACGACAACGAUCCGGAUGCCUUGUGGAAAGCGGAAGUGGUCGUGAGAAACCUGCGGCCGAGGACAGCCCGCAAGAGGCUACACUCGCUAGACGCCAGCAGCGCGGACAAUCGGCCAGUCAAACGCCGUAGCUCCAAGAGUACCAAAGAGAAAAAAGUCGUCGGGCUGAGAAAUCUCGGUAACACUUGCUUCAUGAACGUGGUGCUGCAGUCUUUCAACAACAUCAGUCAUUUCUGCGAGUAUCUCACGCAAAUGCCGUGUCUCGAGGGUAUCGCGUUCGACGAGUCUACAGGGCCGCCUACGCAUCGCGGUCGAAUUGUGACGCCAGGUCGUGCCAAGGAGAUGUCCAUGAGCGACGCCUUACUUGCCGAGGAGCUCCGAAAGGUGCUGCUCGGAUUAAGUCUGGGUGGCUCCAAUGGGCAAGCUAUAUCGCCCGAGUGCCUGUUUCUGGCCAUUUGGAAGGUUGUGCCGAGAUUUCGGGGCUAUCAGCAGCAGGACGCCCACGAGUUUCUCACCUACAUGCUUGACCGUCUCCAUACUGAGCUGUUGCAAUUACUGCCCAGGCUGGGACACGAACCUUUAGGAUUGCGCGGCAAACAAAGCAUCGUCACUGCCGUGUUUGGAGGCACUCUUCUCAGCGUGGUUCACUGUAUGAACUGUCGUACGGACUCGAAGACGCACGAGCCCUUCCAGGACCUCUCGCUGGACAUACCGGACAGGCUGCAGAGGAGUAGAACGAAGGAGCAGGAGGAAGUUUGCAGUCUGACUUACAGUUUGACAAAAUUCUUCAAGGUGGAAGAGCUCGCUGACAGCGAGCUCUACUUCUGCGACAACUGCAUGGGCAAGCAGAGAUCUACCAAGAGGUUCUGGAUACACAGGCUGCCUAAUGUGUUGUGCCUUCACAUUAAAAGAUUUAGGUGGUGCAAUUCCUAUCGCUCGAAGGUGGACACGCAGGUGGAUUUUCCGAUGGAAUCUCUCGAUAUGUCUGCGUUCACCGUGCGCGGCGUGACCGGAACGAGAUUGGGCGCUCAGAAUAGUCAUCUUUACGACUUGGCUGCCGUUAUCGUGCACCAUGGUUCUGGUGCCGGUACUGGACAUUACACUGCCUUCGCUGUACAUGACGGUCAGUGGUUCCAUUUUAACGAUAGCUCCGUACGUCCGGCGACUACCGACGCUGUCGCUAAAUGUAAGCCUUACAUUCUGUUCUACGUGCGGAGAGAGUUCUCCAUUCCACCCCCAUUGUGACGUCGUUUCUCCGACAAGAAGCCCCGUCCUGGUAAUGCGAGCCUCGACGAUGAUGACGAUAAUAUGGAUGUGGAACGAACAAAAGAGAACUGAGUGAACGUUCCUUGCGAAUCUCGCGCUAAGCGAGUAAUCAAGCGGAAAGAGCAAGACAUCGUUGUAUCGCGCCUCGAGCGUAUCGAGAUCGGAAGACGGAGAUUCGUCCGCUUAUCGCAUAUAUUAAUCAUUGCUCAUCGUUGCCAAAUCGUACAAUCUCGUUAAUAUAAUUCGUCUGUGUUUGUUAUCGCGUCUCAACAAACGACGACCUUUGAGAUGUGAUUGGAAGAACCGAUCACAGAUAUAAUUUGCCGCAGAUAUAAUUGCGUCACACGUAUGUCGCUUGAGCGCAUUCCUCCUCGUGCUUUAUCAGGCGUGAUUAAGAUAAUUCGCGCAAUUCUACGAAAAUCUACGAAAAAAAAUGUUGAUGCCACAGAUUAUUUUCGCAAUCUUUCCCAUCGUGUCCUUUAUAUCAAAAAUAUAUUAUAGUCUUUCUAUUCCAUCGUUUUAGAGGAGCAGAACAAUUUUUUUUUUUUUUUCAUGUAGAAACUGCUAUUUUUAUUUCUUAAUCAAGUUCAUGAUUGUAAUAUAAAAUGUUUUUAUAUCGAAGUUUCAAUAUGGAAUUAGAAAAAGCUCUUGUGUUUUUUGCAAGUUUAUUUUUAGCUAAAAUCAUUUAGUUGAUCACUUGGAUGAAUAUCGAAUCCAAAUUACUUGAAAUUAAAAUGCGGAGAAGACAAAAAGGCGAGAGAGUUAUGUAUGAUUGAUGCCGGACACGCAUGCGUAUCGUGUCAAUGUACGUAGCACGCAUGCGGUCAUACAUGUACGUGGAGGUGCGCAAUUGUAUGCUGGCGGGCGAAGCUUCUCUUCCUUUCUCGGCAAUGGCAGAAAGAAGAAGAAGAAGAAGAAGAAGAAGAGGAGGAGAGGUAAGCUAUAGAUAGAGAGAAAAAGAAGGAAAGAUAGAUGACAGCGCUCGAGGUGGAUCGCGGAAACGCAUUGCCUUUAGCGUCGAUUUUUUUUUACUUUACGUUCUUAUGCAGUGGCAGCGGCCGUCGACCGCCCUUCCCCUUACCCCCUAUCCUUGGUCGGAUCGAUUAAAGCCCUCCUCGAUAGUGGAAUAAUCGCGUUCCUCGUGUGUAGUUCUAAAACGCGAAAAUGACUGGUCUUCUCGGUAGAUAGAUCUUUUUCUAGGCUUAGUGCACGCGGCAUCGUUGUUUCGAGGGAGAUAAAGCAAAUACCGUAUAGGGCCAACACAGCGUUACUUCUCAAGCGACAGCCUCUCUUUAUUCUCGCCUUCCCGUCCCAGAUCCGUAUCUCAUUCCUCUCCAUUUCUUCGUCAUACAUGCGUCCCAUGUAUAUUCACGCACGCACAAACGCGCAACGUAUAUGUGUGUUCAUGCACGUACAUACGCGCAUACAUGAAUGUCACGUUUCCUGCGAUCCUUUAUCCUUUUCCUUUCCUCGAUUCCUAUUCCUCUCAUGAAAGGCUCUCGAUGACUCUUAUGUGAUUAUUUAAAGACUUAUUUUUUCUAUAAUGAUAACGAUAAUAAUAAUAAGUUAAUGCGUAGCGAAAAAACGUUUUAUUAAGGCGAUAAACUGCGAUAACUGCGCAUCUUCGGCAAAGACUUACUUUUCGUGUAUGAAUAUGACGAACGGAAGUAAGCGUGCAACAACAAUAUUAUUGAGAACAACUGAAAUAUGUACGAACGGCGAAUAAAUAAAGAAAACACAUGAAUCGA